GUACGUAGUAGAAUCGAUGGUGUAGUAAUCGAACACGCUGCCAACGCCCUUUAGGUGGACACACCAACACACUUUUACUCCUACGACCAGCAACGACCAGCAUCGAAAGGCGAUGUCUGAAUGGCCCGACAAGAACCAGUGGGGUGGGGGUGGACAGCAUGCGGGAUCUACUACUCCAUACGGAAAUACAAAUGCACCGUACCCUGGUCCAACUCCCGGUUACGCUCCUGCCUACCAGCAGCAACCGUUUGUCCAGGAUGUCAAGGAUCCAUACGAGGGCGAUAGAUUCAAGCCAAAGAAGAGGGUCAAUGAUCCCAUUUUCUUGGUUCUCUUUAUUCUCCAGUUCAUUGGAUUCGUAGUAGUUUCCGGAAUCGCUCUUCAGUCAUGGGUCGCGGAAGGCGGACUGGGGGGUGGACUGGGCAAGGGAGGCGUCAAAUCCGGUUCAAAUUUUACGCUUAAUUGGAGUACAGUGUAUCUCCUCCUUCUUGUCACCGGAGCGGCACUAUUACUAUCGACGGGCUACCUUCUCCUGACUAGAGCGUUUACGAAGAUAAUCAUGCAUAUCACGCUUAUUUUGAGCAUCGCUCUUAAUAUAGGAAUUGCCGUUUACUAUUGGAUCACAAAAUAUUGGUCUGGUGCUAUCAUUUUUACAGUCAUUGCUCUCCUUUCUGUGCUGUCUUACUGGGGUUUCCGAUCACGCAUUCCUCUCGCAUCUCUACUUCUGCAAGUUGUGAUGGAUGUGUCAAAGCACCACAAGAGCGUAUACGUUGUUGCCUUCUCCGCGCUGAUUCUCCAGGCUGCACUGGCCGUCUGGUACACGUUCACCGUCAUUGCAACAUAUGCGAAAUGGACUCCGGGUGGUCCAUCUUGUCCUACAUCUUCAUGCUCGGGAAGCACAGUCGCUGGACUGAUCUUCUAUGAAACAUUUUCUUUCCUCUGGACGUCGCAAGUCAUCGGUAAUGUUUCUUUAGCUACUCUGGCAGGCGGGCCCUUUGGAUCCUGGUAUUACUUUGGCCCAAGAGAGUUGGGAGAAAUGCCAAAACACCCCACCCUAUCUGCUUUUGCACGCGCAUCGACACUAUCGUUGGGGUCCAUCGCCUUUGGUUCUUUGAUUGUCACGAUUUUGGAGCUCAUUAGGUUGAUUCUGAAUGCCGUCCGAAAUAACGCUAGUCAGGAUGGACAUCCGGUCGAGGCUUGUUUAGCAUGUUGCGCAGCCUGUUUUGUUGGAUGCAUCGAGAACCUCGUGGAAUACUUUAAUAGAUAUGCGUACAUUGAAAUAUCUCUCUACGGCAAAUCAUACAUCACCGCGGCAAAGGAUACAUGGAGGUUGUUCAAAGACCGUGGGAUUGACGCUCUCGUCAACGAUUCCUUGGUCGGAAUGACUCUUACAUGGGGCGCCUAUGCCGUUGGUCUCCUUUCAACUCUCUUUGCAUACUUGUAUCUCCGAAUCACAGCCCCUUCUUACAACACUGACGGGCAGUAUACUGCACCAAUAUUGCUGUUCUCGUUCUUAAUCGGGGUCCAAUGCUCGCUCACACUCUCAUCUGCAAUCGAAGCCGGGGUUUCAACGAUUUUCGUCGGUCUCGGUGAGGACCCGCAAGUGCUAGCUAUCAGAGCACCAGAGUUGUUUAGACACAUUGCCUCGACUUAUCCGCAUGUUGUGAGAGGAGUCCCGCAAGUGUAGAUCCUUGCACGACGUUUUGCAUGAAUUCGAGUUCUUUCUUCAUUUUUUGAUUUGUAUAAGUUGUAUGAACAGUCACCAGAACGAUAUUGUCUAUCACACUAACAUGUGUACGAACAUGUUUAUUCACACUACGAAAAUUUCAACAAGGAA